GAGACUGAAAGAAAUGACUGCACACCAGAUUUUACUUCUUUGCCUAUUCGUGGGAACAGCACUUGGGCAGACAGAUGAACAGGCUAAGAAAAUGGCACUGGCAAUGCAAGACAGCUGUUCUCAGAAUACACUGUCUUCACAGCUCUGCAGGCUGGAAGCUCGUGUGGAACAACUGGAAAGAGAACUGAAAGAUUUUCCACAAGUUGCAUUCUCUGCAGCCCUCCGAGAAUCUGGUAGUGGGAAUAUCGGACCCUUCGCGAUUGACACUGUGCUGCAGUAUAAGAAGAUAUUUUCCAAUAUUGGCAACUGUUACAACCCCUCCACAGGCAUUUUCACUGCCAGGGUGAGGGGAGCGUACUACUUCCGUUUCUCUGCUUUCAACAACAUUGACGGAACCCCUAGCACCAACGUAGUCCUGAUGAAGAACGACAUGAGGACCGUCUCCAUUUGGGACAAAUCGCCAUCAGACACGAAUGACAGUGCCAGCAACGCCGUGGUUCUCCAGCUUGAAGAGGGAGACAGCGUAUUUGUCCGUCUCCCGGCAAACAACCGUGUCUUUGACGACAUGGGAUACUACAACUCUUUCAGCGGUUUCCUGCUUUUUCCCAUGUAACACAGGCUUUGAAUAAUAAUCAUUAUUUGAAUAA